AUGGCGGAGUCUACGUCCACCGCCACUAGCAGCGCUCUCAGGUUACAGGGCAAAGUAGCCAUAGUCACCGGAGGUGCCAGCGGCAUCGGCGAAGCAACGGCGUGGGUGUUCGCGGAGGAAGGAGCGCGUAUGGUGGUGAUCGGUGACAUCCAAGACGAGCUGGGGAAAGAAGUGGCGGCGUCCGUUGGAAGGCACAGGUGCAGCUACGUUCACUGCGACGUGGCAGAGGAGGACGAAGUCCAAAGACUGGUCGAAUCAACGGUCAAGGAGUACGGUCAACUGGACAUAAUGUUCAGCAACGCUGGGACCGCUAGUCCCUCCAUGCAGACGGUGACGGAGCUCGACAUGUCCCAACUCGACAGGCUGUUCGCGGUGAACGUGCGCGGAAUGGCGGCGUGCGUGAAACACGCGGCGCGUGCCAUGGUGGAGGGGCGCGUGAGGGGAAGCAUAGUGUGCACGGGAAGCGUGGCUGGUAGCGUCGGUUCCCUGUCUAGGACGGACUACACGAUGUCGAAGCAUGCGGUGUUGGGGCUGAUGCGUUCGGCGAGCAUGCAGCUUGCGGAACACGGGAUAAGGGUGAACUCCGUCUCGCCGAAUGGGUUGGUCACACCGUUGACUUGUAAAAUGUCUGGGGUGAGGGAGGAGGAGGUGCGAGAAGCUUACCGGAAAUACGCGAGACUGCAGGGAGUGGUGCUGACGCCGAAAAUGGUGGCAGACGCGGUGCUGUUUCUGGUCUCUGACGAGUCGGCGUUCGUGACUGGCCUUGAUCUUAAGGUGGACGGCGGCUUUACUUACGGCGGGCAGUGA